AUGGCACCCCGAAGUCGUGAAGAGCUCUUGGCCUAUGGGAUCCCCGAUCCCCUUUUCGAGGCUGAGCUCGCGGCCCGGCCCAUGCGAGACCCUCAACCGAGCGAUCCCUACUUCGGUCGGGACGACUUCUUCGCGAUGCGAGAGCACCGGGCUACGCGCCUCCGCGAGUCCCACCACCUGCGCUACCUCCCGGGGCCCAUCCCCGACCAGGUCCGGGAGGAGGACCGCAAGAUCACCGCCAGAGACGGCCAUGAACUCGUCGUCCGAAUCUACACCCCCGUGAAAGCCCCGCGCGAAGGGAGCCCGCUCAUCGUCAUGUAUCACGAGGGCGGCUGGUCCUCGGGCGAUCUUUCGGACGAGGAGGUGAACUGCCGCCUCUUCAGUCGGGACUUGGGGGCCGUCUGCGUCAACGUCGAUUACCGGUCCGUUUGGCUCUCUCUCUCUCUCACCUUGUCCCAGGCCGCCGAGAACGCGUCAAACCUGAACGCAGACCCUUCCCGCGGCUUCAUCAUCGGCGGCGGCUCUGCCGGCGGUAACAUCGUCGCUGUUCUCGCCCACCUCGCUCGCGACGACGAGCUCUCCCCGCCCGUGACAGGACAGUACCUCUGCGUGCCAGCCAUCAUGUGCUUCCUGCCUCCGGAGGCCAUUCCCGAACGGUACCGUUCCGAGUACCUCAGCCACCCCUCCGUCACGCCCUGCAAGGACCCCGUCGUGGGCCCCAACAUGGACGAGAAGAUCGCCGGUGCGCAGGCCAUCUUGAGGCCGGACAUGGAGAGCCCGCUUUUCGUCCCCUUCCACUCCGGGAGGGUCGGGCAGGGGCACAAGGGCUUGCCUCCCGCCUACUUCCAGGUGGCCGGGUUGGAUCCCCUGCGGGACGAGGCCCUCAUCUACGAGCACGUGCUGAGGGAAGAGGCGGGCGUCAAGACCAAGCUCGACAUCUACCCGGGGCUUCCGCACUACUUCUGGACGAACUUCCCGCGUCUCGAGGCGAGCAAAAAGUUCGUGGAAGACACCGUCAAAGGUGUCCGGUGGCUACUACAGCAGCAGUAG